AGUCAAGAGAUUAUACAAGUGAUAUGGAAGAUGAAGCUAUAGAAUCUGUAAAUGAUACAGAAGCUAGCACGAGCAAAAGAAAAUGUGGGACUUGUAGACUUGGAGACCAUAAUGCACGUACUUGGCCAGGUCAAGUCAAUAUUGAAUGUGAUAUAUAG